GGAGCUGGAGACGGCCGGCGGCUGCUGGCCGAGCGGCUGCUGGCUGAGCGCCGAGAGCGCGGCCGGGCGAGGCGGGAGCGCGGGCGCUGGCCUGGCCGCGGGCGGGGGCCGCCGCCGCGCCGCUGCCCCCCUGUCGCGGGCCGGGCCGCGGCGCCGAGCGCGAGGGCCGGGCUCCCGGGGCUGGCGGCCAUGGGCAGGAGCCGGAGGCGGCAGCGGCAGCGGCGGGCCCCGCGGGCGGGGAGGCGCGCGGCCCACGGCCCCUGACGGCCCCUGGCGGCCCGGCGCGCCCCCGCGCUCCCUGGGGGGCCGUAGCCUGGCAACGCCCGGCGCGCCCGCCCAUCCCCCGCUGCCCUUUUUCUCCUGGCCGGGUGCGAGGGAGCAUGCCCGCGCCUGGCCUCGGCCAGCGAAGAGUUAACCUGAGGGGCGAGCCGCUGCCCCCACCUCGGGGGCGUGCCCCCCUCCCCCGCUAGGCGGCCCGCCCCCCGCGCCAGGGUAUGGCCCCUGGCCCCGGCCCGGGACCCGAGGUCCCGCGCCCGGGUCAGUGAAAGGCGUCUUCCCGUUCCCGCCCUCUGCCUCCUCUCGCCGGCCAGCAACAUGGGAUGUAAUAUGUGCGUGGUCCAGAAACCGGAGGAGCAGUACAAAGUGAUGCUGCAGGUGAACGGGAAGGAGCUCUCCAAGCUGUCUCAGGAGCAAACUCUGCAGGCCCUGCGCUCCUCCAAGGAGCCCCUGGUGAUCCAGGUGCUGAGACGCAGCCCCCGCCUCCGGGGGGACAGCUCCUGUCACGACCUGCAGCUGGUGGACAGUGGCACUCAGACCGACAUCACCUUCGAGCAUAUCAUGGCGCUGGGCAAGCUGCGUCCGCCCACCCCGCCCAUGGUCAUCCUGGAGCCGUACGUCCUCUCUGAGCUGGCCGAGGGAGGACCCUCCUGUCCGGGACGUCGCUGCCGGAAGUGCCAGGGUUGAGGGCCUCAGCUCCUCCUCCUCCAUCCUCUCUCCUCUGCCGCCUCACAAGCAUCACUCCUUGAAUCUUCUUGCAUCCCUUGUCUGUCUCAUUCCUCUACCUGCUCUGAAUUUCCUCCAUCUCUUCAGCUUCUUUCUUUGGCCCGACCGGAAGAAGGGCCUUUCAUCCAGGCCUGGUGGCUCAUGACCGCCCCCCCAGUCAGCCAUGAGUAUUAUGACCCGGCGGAGUUUAUGGAGGGCGGCCCGCAGGAGGCAGACCGCUUGGAUGAGCUGGAGUAUGAGGAGGUGGAGCUGUAUAAAAGCAGCCACCGGGACAAGCUGGGCCUGAUGGUUUGCUACCGCACGGACGACGAGGAGGACCUGGGCAUUUAUGUCGGAGAGGUAAAUCCCAACAGCAUUGCAGCCAAAGACGGCCGGAUCCGUGAGGGAGACCGCAUCAUCCAGAUUAACGGUGUAGACGUCCAGAACCGGGAAGAGGCGGUGGCCAUCCUGAGCCAGGAAGAGAACACCAACAUCUCCCUGCUGGUGGCCCGACCUGAGAGUCAGCUGGCGAAAAGGUGGAAGGACAGCGACCGGGAUGACUUCCUGGAUGACUUUGGCUCUGAGAAUGAGGGGGAGCUGCGUGCUCGUAAACUGAAAUCACCCCCUGCCCAGCAGCUCGGAAACGAAGAGGAGAAGGGGGCUCCCGAUGCCGGCCCAGGCCUGAGCAACAGCCAGGAGCUGGACAGCGGGGUGGGCCGGACUGACGAGAGCACCCGGAACGAAGAGAGCUCUGAGCACGACCUGCUGGGGGACGAACCCCCGAGCUCCACCAACACCCCGGGAAGCCUGCGCAAGUUUGGCCUGCAAGGGGACGCCCUGCAGAGCCGGGACUUCCAUUUCAGCAUGGACUCUCUGCUGGCCGAGGGGGCGGGGCUGGGAGGGGGCGACGUCCCGGGCCUCACGGAUGAGGAGUAUGAGCGCUACCGUGAGCUCCUGGAGAUCAAGUGCCACCUGGAGAACGGCAACCAGCUGGGCCUCCUCUUUCCCCGGGCCUCCGGAGGCAACAGCGCCCUGGACGUCAACCGCAACGAGAGCCUGGGCCACGAGAUGGCCAUGCUGGAGGAGGAGCUAAGGCACCUGGAAUUCAAGUGCCGCAACAUCCUGCGGGCGCAGAAGAUGCAGCAGCUGCGUGAGCGCUGCAUGAAGGCCUGGCUGCUGGAGGAGGAGAGCCUCUACGACCUGGCGGCCAGCGAGCCCAAGAAGCACGAGCUGUCCGACAUCUCCGAGCUGCCCGAGAAGUCGGACAAGGACAGCACCAGCGCCUACAACACUGGGGAGAGCUGCCGCAGCACCCCGCUGCUUGUGGAGCCCCUGCCCGAGAGCCCCCUGCGGCGGGCCAUGGCCGGCAACUCCAACUUGAACCGGACCCCUCCCGGCCCCCCUGUUGCCACCCCCGCCAAGGCAGCUCCUCCACCGGGGAGCCCCGCCAAGUUCCGGUCCCUCUCCCGGGAUCCUGAGGCCGGCCGGAGGCAGCACGCGGAGGAGCGCGGCCGCCGCAACCCCAAGACGGGGUUGACCCUGGAGCGUGUGGGCCCUGAAAGCAGCCCUUACCUCUCGCGGCGCCACCGCGGCCAGGGCCAGGAGGGCGAGCACUACCACAGCUGCGUGCAGCUGGCCCCGACGCGAGGCCUGGAGGAGCUGGGCCACGGCCCCCUGAGCUUGGGCGGUGGCCCUCGGGUGGGCGGGGUGGCGGCCGCGGCCACUGAAGCACCACGCAUGGAGUGGAAAGUGAAGGUGCGCAGCGACGGAACCCGCUACGUGGCCAAGCGGCCCGUGCGAGAUCGGCUGCUGAAAGCCCGUGCCCUGAAGAUCCGGGAGGAGCGCAGCGGUAUGACGACCGACGACGACGCGGUGAGCGAGAUGAAGAUGGGCCGCUACUGGAGCAAGGAGGAGCGGAAGCAGCACCUGAUCCGGGCCCGUGAGCAGCGGAAGCGGCGCGAGUUCAUGAUGCAGAGCCGGCUGGAGUGCCUGCGGGAGCAGCAGAAUGGCGACAGCAAGCCCGAGCUCAACAUCAUUGCCCUGAGCCACCGCAAAACCAUGAAGAAGCGGAACAAGAAGAUCCUGGACAACUGGAUCACCAUCCAGGAGAUGCUGGCCCACGGCGCGCGCUCCGCCGAUGGCAAGCGGGUCUACAACCCUCUUCUCUCAGUCACCACCGUGUGAGCUGCCCAGGCGGGUACACGGCCCAGGCCCAGGGAGCCCCCUGGGGCCCCGGCCCUCACUCUCCUAUAGAGAUUGUGUGUGUGUGUGUGUGUGUGUGUGUGUGUGUGCACGCGCGCGCGCGCGCAUGCUCGCUGUGCCCACGCACACAUCUCCUCGUCUGGGUGUGCGCACAGGGCUUUGUUAGCAGAGAGAAGCCCCUGAGGAGAAGGGACGCUUUUCUUCCUUCUGCCCAAGUAAAGUGACCAUGCCAGUGGCCAGCACUGGGGGCACACCUGUGAUGGGCACCCCUUCGGCUGUGCGUGUGCAUUCCCCAUCCCCCAUGCUCUUGCGUGUGCUUGCACGUGCACGCACACACACACCCAGUGCUCUCUCCACCCGACCCGUGUACUUGCAGACAGGGAAGUUGAGCUGAAAGGAGCACAAGAGAGUGUCCGGCUUCGCUGCUGAGCGCGGCCUCUCCCCGCCGCUGCGCACUGCAGUUAUUUGUAGACAAAGGCACCCCUGAUUUUUUGUGGUUUUUCUCCCUUUCUGUGCUUGCCAAUAGUUGUUUUGUUUUGUGGACCUGCCCUGGGGGCUGGCAGCUCCUUCAGGCAGCCUGGCAGAGGUGGAACUCCCCUCUCCACUGAUGGCUGGGAAGGGAGUUGGGGAGGAAGAGUGGGAGGGAGGGCUGGGGAUGGAUGGGAGGGAAGGGGAGGGAAAGGUGGGAGGAAUGGGAAGCAGCUGUUCUGGUGGCUUCCACUCUGAGGUGUGGGAACGGGGAGCCUCUGGGGGGCACCUGUUUCCCCAGUGACUCAGAGAGAGCAAGACUGCAGGAACGGAGGGGUCCUGCAGGGUGUCCACCAAGAACUCACAGAGCCCGUUCUGCGCCCCACACCAUCUGGAGCAGGGGCUUCUCUUCUGAGUGAACUGAGGAAGGUGCUUAGAUGGUGAGGGGUCUAGAAACCAAGCCCCAUGAGCAGCAGUGGAAGACCUCGGGCCAUGCGGCCUGGGGAGGACUUGGUGGCGAUCCGCAACCUGGACCCCAGUGAGAGGCGGUGGGCUGACUGGGAAGGAGAGGCCCCCAACCUCCUCAGGAUUUGCACGUGUGAACUAGGCUGCCUGUGGGGUGCCCCUUAGGCUUGGAGAGCCCCAGAUUGGAGGCAGACAGACUGCACCACCCCUUCCCCCCUGCAUCUCAAGAAUAAAGCAAGCUGCCUUUGUACUUGGUUGAA